UUUAGUUAUAUCUGUGGCGUGGAAGUCGUGCCCUGUGAAUGUACAUGAAAGUGCAAAGCCGGUUUACGUAUUUAAUUUAGGAAAAAAAUGAACUUAUUUUUAACAAAAAACGGCAUCGGAUUUACACUUCUCUACCACAUAAUAGUUGGCCUAUUUGGUCUUGCUGACAGUGGUGCUCUACAGCUUACACAGGCAAAUUUAGACAUAACAUUAGCUUCCAAUGAGUUGGUUCUCAUCAAUUUUUAUGCAGAUUGGUGCCGUUUCAGUAACAUGCUGGCACCAAUAUUUGAUGAUGCAGCCGAUAAAGUAGCUGCAGAGUUUCCAGAACCUGGACAGGUUGUAAUGGGGAAAGUUGACUGUGAUAGAGAAGGUGCAGUUGCAUCAAGAUUUCACAUUACAAAAUAUCCAACACUAAAAGUAAUUCGUAAUGGCCAGCCCACCAAAAGAGAAUACAGAGGGCAGAGGUCGACAGAGGCAUUUGUUUCUUACAUUAAGAAACAACUUGCUGAUCCAGUCAUAGAGUUCAAAAGCUUGAAGGACCUCCAGGACUUAGACGAAAAAAAAAGAGUUGUAAUUGGUUAUUUUGAUCGGAAGGAUGUACCAGAAUAUACUGUUUUUAGAAGAGUUGCAACUAAUUUGAAAGAGGACUGCCAGUUCUAUGUUGGCUUUGGUGAUGCAAGUGCACAGAUGCACCCACCUGGUCAACCAAUUGUUGCCUUCCGACCAGAUAAGGCACGUUCCAAUGAAGAAGAUGAGACAUUCAAGGGAAAUCUGAGUGUCUAUGAUGAAUUCAACAUAUGGGCAUCAGAAAAAUGUGUGCCACUAGUCAGAGAGAUUACAUUUGAAAAUGCUGAAGAACUAACUGAAGAGGGACUUCCAUUUUUAAUUUUGUUUCACAAUCCAGAUGACAAUGAAAUAGUGAAAAAAUUCAAUGAUGUUGUCCAGUCAGAACUUCUAUCUGAAAAACAUUCCAUCAACUUCUUGACAGCCGAUGGAGUAAAAUUUACUCAUCCACUACAUCAUCUAGGUAAAACGUUAAGUGACCUGCCCUUAAUAGCAAUUGACAGUUUUAAACAUAUGUACCUAUUCCCAGACAUCAAAGACAUGGAAAGACCAGGAAAGUUAAAACAGUUUCUAAAUGACUUGCAUACGGGGAAACUGCAUAGAGAGUUCCAUUAUGGACCCGAUCCUGUAACUGACCCACCACGAGUUGAUGGCAGUAGUGGAAGCAGUAGCACAACCAGCAAGAAACCUACAACACCACCAGAAUCAACCUUUAAGAAGCUAGCACCAUCUAAAAACCGUUAUACUCUGUUAAGAGAUGAAUUGUAAAGCAUUGUAGUGAUGAACACAAUUUUAAAUGUGAGUGAAUGAUUGAAACUUUGUCAAGCCUGGUAAGUGGAGACAACAGAACUGAAAAUGCUACAGCCAAUAAAUGAGUGAACUAUUGGAUAUUGAACCUUAAUUUUAUUUUGUGUUAAAAAAGUAACCCUCAGACAGUGUUUUAGAUUUUGUUUACAUAUUGUUGAACAUGGAUGUAAUCACAUCACAGCUAAGAACCAUGUUGGUGUCUCUUAGCACUUGACACUUGUGAAUAUUUAAAUUAAAUGUAUACAUUGGUAAAUUGGCAUAUGUCUUACUUGGUGUGUUGUAAAUGGGGUUGGCCACCAAACAGAGACAAUGAUCCUGACCUUAAACUUGUAAUUCUUUUUGUCCCCAAGAGUAACACUGAUAUGAUUUCUCCAGAUUCAAUGUGCAUAAAAUGAAUUUGUGUCAUUUUGACCUCGCAUUUAGUGGCUAUUGGUUUCAAUUUAGAUACAUGCCUGCUAAAUACUGAUGGAUUGUGUAGUAAAAUACGGAACUGAGUCAGCAUAGUGGAUUUGUCUGAAUGAAAUUUGCCACAGAUUGAGGAUGUAGUCAGUUUCACUAACUGGUUACUCUUGAGUGUUGUUAUAAUUGAGUGAUUGCUGUCCGCUUGUGCAAUGAUUGUUUUUUUCAUUUCCAUAAUUUAUUGUACUUUUAUAUGUUAUUACGUAGAGCUUGUUGUAUAGAAAUGGUUAUCAGUAAUUCACUUUGUUGAAAAAUUAAUAGUCUAAAUUUGUAAUAUUUUGAUUUCAUAAAUGUUGUAUGGUGCAGUGUGUGUUUUGUUGAACAACUGCAGGGUGAUGCUGAGUAAAUACUGCAAAUAUUGAAGGGAAGGAAAGAAAAAUACAUGUCGCCAAUUCAGAGCAAAGGAAAGGGCAGCCGCUGGCCGCUUCUAAUUCACUGUAACUGUAUAUAACAAAUUGUAGUGUUUUUAGUUCACACACAUCUGAUGCAGAUAAAUAAAGUUACUUGAAGUACUGUAAAAAUAUUACUGAAAAAUUCAAUGUGUGUGUUUUGGAUUUAUAUACUAAUACUAUUAACUGUUCAGUUAAUUGAGAGCUGCAGUUUAGGAAACCAGUUGAUCUAAAACAAAAAUUAUUUACUUGACUGCCUGUCAUUAAUAAUAAUAAUAAUAAUAAUAAUAUCAUCAUCAUUAUUUUCCUUCCUUUCAUGGUGGUCACACAACAGCAGCAACCCUUGAGAUUGAAUAUGGUACAUUUCCCUUCACUAAAAUCUGAAAAUGAGGUCUAUGUUUCCGUAAUCUAUUUCUCCGACAUAAGAUGAGAUAACGUACAUGUGUACAUGUUAAGGAAACACAUCAAAAUAAAAAGAACUGUAUAUGAUUGUAACUGUUAAAGAGUAUGAAUCACUUUUCUUCGCUGGGAAGAUGUGGGAAUGUUUGUGCAGUUUGAUGCAUUAUCAACAAUGGGAAGCAACAACACAAUUUGUUUAAAAAUUGUGUGACCUUAGAAGAGAAAUGUAUAAAAUAUAUUUUUCCAUCUAGAUGUAAAUAAAGUGAAUGAAUAAAAAUGUACAGUUGUUCAUGUUAGAUUUCAGUAUCUUUAGAAAUUAGUUGUGUAGAAGUGUGAAUGAUGUGUAUAAUCAUAAAAACAUUGAAAUCAGUAUUAAUAGGUAGCCCUUUUAAUAUAGGUACAUAUUUUCUUUUGCUUGCAUUAUAAGAGUAUUUUUUGUUUUAAGAGAGUAUUAAACUGAAAAUUUAGUUGGCACAAUAUUGACAACUUUAUACUUUUCUUGGCUAUUACAGAAAAAUUACAGUAACUUACUAAGUUAUUCAUUCUGAAUAAGAGUUGCCUUAUUUUCACUCCUUGAACCAAAUUGAUAAUUAGUUCAUGUAAUAUAAUGUAUCAGCUCUAACGAAGUGUCGUGAUCUACAAAUUGUUCUGUUUAUGUAAGUAUGCAGUAUCUGUCGGUUCUCUGAUUUAAUUAUGGCACAUUUGGUCCUACAUUUCGUGAUUUGGCCGUAACAUGUAUCCAUUUAAAAAAUGUACCUUAUAAAAAAAAAUUUGGAAUAUCGCGACUCAGCAUCUCCGCUAUAUUGUUACAUUGAAGUUAUACAUCUCAGAUGUUUAAAAAGCUGUUUUAUGUUUUGCACUAAUUAUGAUGAGAAACAAUACAUAUGCCUUUGAGAAUAGAUGACAGUCUAACACUGAGAUUUCUGAAAAAAAAGGACUUUCCUUACAAAAAAUGUUGUAGAAUAAUGGAAUGUUUUGUACUUAAAGUCAAGUUAGCAGUUUUUUAUUUGCUCGUUUCUGUGCAUUGAGCUUAUUUAUGUGAGCGAGCCCACAGAUGUAUUACAUGCCACUUACCAGGCUGGUUCAUAAUAUAUGUACAAUGUGAUACUUCUGCCAAAAGUGAACAAAGCAGGGUAAAUAGUAAUGUGAGGCUCGUAGCCCUAGAAAAUUAAAAAAAAAAAAGAAAGGAACUGUUUGUUAAAAGCUAUAAUGAUUUUGAGACAGGAAUUUAAUUCGAAAA